CUUUGAGGAACAUGCAGAAUACCGAAGGCUGAGCGAGGAGCGUCGAUUCCGCACAGAUGGCACGCGCGAUCUCACAGUAGCAGCGUAUACCGGUCCGAGGAGAACCACAGAACUGGAAAGGGAAGCUACGCACUUGUUAGUGAGAUUGCUGGGUCUGUGUUUUUGGUUUUUCUGCUAGAAUUCACCAAUGGAUAAAUGGACACGUGAAAGGGCACUGUUACGUUUGUAGGUAUGCUUGGUUUGCUGCUUGUCAGUGUUGUCCAAAAAUAAUAUAUAACUCAUAUCGUAUGCACGUCGGUCUGUCACCAAUGCACCUAUUGAAGGAGCUCGGAGAAGUGUGGAUAACCUGUGGUGCGUUCAGUUUCGCCAAUCUAUUGGUGGCGGUUUGAUUUUUUUAUUUUCUUUCAUGUGUAUUCGUUUAAUUUAUUAGUGUAUUCAUUUGUUUGCAUGGAAGAGGAACCUGGCGAUUGACACCCGAGGCUUAUAAAAAGCUGUCCUGCUACCUCAUACCUAAACAUACCUGAACUUCUCCUGCUGAUCUCUUACUGGCCUCACCUGGAUUUUGGACGCACGGAUCUGCUUACAACUCACUUUCAGAGACAGGGCGAAAGGAGGGGGGGGGCAGAGAGGAGAGAGCGCCGUUAUUUGAAUCUCGCGUUAACAACCUCACAACACGGACUUCCGAGUGGACAAGGAACCAAAGCCUCUCUUCGAAAUCUUUUUAUUUUGUAUUUUAAAAAAUUGGAAUCAAAGAGUCACACGGAAAACCUCAGACUACACGGCGGCACUGUGGGGACAGUGGGAGUGAAUCCAAAGACGAUGGUCCAUUGUGCCGGCUGCGAGAGGCCUAUCCUGGACAGGUUUCUGCUCAAUGUCCUGGACCGAGCGUGGCACGUGAAGUGCGUGCUCUGCUGCGAGUGCAAAUGUAAUUUAACAGAGAAAUGUUUUUCUCGAGAGGGGAAACUGUACUGCAAAAACGACUUCUUUAGGCGGUUUGGUACGAAGUGCGCUGGUUGUGCUCAGGGUAUCUCGCCGAAUGACCUGGUACGGAGGGCGCGGAGCAAGGUGUUCCACUUGAACUGUUUCACCUGCAUGAUGUGCAACAAACAGCUUUCUACCGGGGAGGAGCUCUAUAUCAUCGACGAAAACAAAUUUGUGUGUAAAGAAGAUUACCUGAGUAGCAGCGCCGGUAAAGACACCAGCCUUCUCUCAGUUACGGCAUGCAGUGACCCUAGUAUGUCUCCAGAUUCUCAAGAUCAGCUACAGGACGACGUCAAGGACUCGGAAAGUGCGAAUUUAUCGGACAAAGAGGGGGGUAAUAACGAAAAUGACGACCAGAACCUUGGCGGGAAGCGACGCGGGCCGCGAACGACCAUCAAAGCCAAGCAAUUGGAAACCCUGAAAGCCGCGUUUGCUGCAACCCCGAAACCCACUCGGCAUAUCAGGGAGCAGCUCGCGCAGGAGACAGGGCUCAACAUGCGAGUAAUUCAGGUAUGGUUCCAGAACCGGCGGUCCAAAGAGCGGCGCAUGAAGCAGUUGAGCGCUCUGGGCGCCAGGAGGCACGCGUUCUUCCGAAGCCCGAGGAGAAUGAGAACGCUCGUGGAUCGGCUGGAGCCCGGAGAGCUUAUUCCAAACGGCCCUUUCUCGUACUACGGAGAUUAUCAGGGCGAGUACUACGGGCCGGGGGGCAACUACGACUUCUUCCCCCAGGGCCCCCCGUCGUCGCAGGCGCAGACCCCCGUCGACCUGCCCUUCGUGCCCUCGGCCGGCCCCACGGGGACGCCCCUGGGGGUGAUGGACCACCCCCUGCCGGGGCACCACCCGCCCAGCGAGGUGCAGCGCUUCUCCGACAUCAUGCCGCACCACCCGGGCGACUCCCCCAGCCCCGAGCCGGGGGUCCCCGGCCCCCUGCACGGGCACGGCCUCCCGUCCGAGGCCUUCGGGCCCAACCCCCCCUUUACCUCACUGUCGCUCAACGGCAGCGCGUACGGCAACCACCUCUCGCACCCGCCCUCAGAGAUCAGCGAGGCCACCGUCUGGUAGCUUUGGGAGGGACC